GAUGGGUCCAUGUGGCAAACGCACGCUAGGGCGCAUGGCUUAUUCUCUUGGUGUUUUUGGAGCAGCAGUAGCGUGCAAGGCACGCAUUCCGAUCACAGUGAUCGCGAGAUCCAUGUCGUCGCAGUCUUCGCAAGCGAGCGAUGAAAUUAUCAGUGAUCUUUCCAAAAAGAAAUGUGUUCCGUGCGAUUCCAAAAACUUGAGGCCAAUGUCAGAGGAAUCUGCAAAGGAGCUGCUCCAUCAGGCACCGGGAUGGAAGAUCGAGCAAGUUGAUGGCAAGCUGGAGCUCCAGAGGAGCUGGAGAACAAAAAGUUUUAUCAAAGGGAUUGAAUUCUUCAAGCUCGUGAGUGAUGUCGCUGAAGCAGAAGGCCACCACCCGGAUCUCCACCUUACUGGCUACAACAACGUGAGAAUCAACAUAUCCACGCAUUCUGCUGGUGGCUUGACAGAGAAUGACUUCAUUCUAGCAGCCAAGAUCGGGGCUUUGGAUGCGAGCGACUUGUUUAGAAAGCCAAAAGUAUGAGAGAACGCGGUACGUUUUAGAAUCUUCCAGUUUCCUAGAAGCUAUCAGAGAUAAACUCUUCAUCGUGCUCAGCUCUAAUCAGAGCACGGUACUUGUGCCACUUUUUCUUCUUGUUGGGUAAUAUCGCUUUCCCUCUUU